GAGCUCUGGAGCGUCGACCAGAAGGCAACUGUUCAAGAAGGUAGUGGGCUGGGUUCCCAAUUGAAUAGAAUUGCUGUUUUGCAGGGAUUUCAUUAAAACAAUGGCACAGCAGCAGGUUCAGUUUGUGAACACACACUAUGAUGUUCUCAUCAAGAGGGUUAAUGGUGUGUUGCCCAUUGCUGACAAACUGAAAACGGAAAAAAUAAUUCAACGGGAAACAUAUUCACAGAUUUGUUUAAAGUCUACUACAAAUAUGGCUAAAAUGAGAGUGCUCUUAAAUGCUCUGAACACUGAUAAGGCUAAAUGUGCUUUUUAUGAAGUACUGAAAGCAGUGGAGCCCCUCCUGGUAGAAGAGCUCGAAAAACAAGGAUCAUCCUCACAGACUUCUCGUGAAGAACAGGAGACAAAAUCUUACCCUCAAAACACAAAAGCAAAGGAGAGUGAGAGGCCAGCUAUGGAAAACAUAACUGAGAAGAAACAACUCUGCAGGUGGAACAAAUUCACCAUAAAAUAUGGAAAGAAGAUGAUGAAGCUUUAUGAAACAAGAGAGUCUCUUUACAACGUUGGGAAUCUCUUCUUUUGUAAAGAGAAGGAUUACAUUAUUGGCUCUGGAGGAAGUGGCACACUGGUAUAUCUUGGCUUUAAGAGAGAUGGUACUGAAGUCGCCAUUAAACGAAUAACCAAGAACCCGAUUAAUGACAAAGUCUUUGAAAAUGAACUGAAGCAUUUACAAAAACUCCAGUCAACAAAUCAAAGCCAGUACCUUGUCAAGUAUGUGGACCUAGAAGAGGAUGAAGAUUUUUAUUAUCUUGCACUACAGCUUUGUGAUUAUGAUCUAGUGGACUACAUGGAUGAUCUCCGUCAGCAAGAGGAACCUGACAGAGGGAUUGCUUUGAAGCGAGUGGUGUCGGAGCUGCUUCAUGGCCUUAAAACUCUACAUAGUGCUGAUGUGAUACAUCGAGAUUUAAAACCUCGAAAUGUUUUGAUAGAUGCGGAAAAACACGCAAAGCUAGCCGACUUUGGCAUCUGCCGCAAACUGGAGGAGGGAAGAACAACUGUAUACACAGACAGAGCCGGUACCCUGGGCUGGGAGGCAACGGAGAUCCUGAAUCAAGCCGAAAAGGGUGUUUACAAAAAGAGUUCCGACAUCCAGGUUGCUGGGAUGUUGGUGUAUUACAUCAUCUCUGAAGGGAAACAUCCUUUUGGGGAGUUAAAGGAUCGUGAGUCAAACGUUAAAGCAGGAAUAUACUCCCUUAAUGAUGUACGAGAUAUAGUAGCCAAGGAUCUUAUAGAAUGGAUGAUCAGCAAAGAAAAGGAAGAGAGGCUGAGCAUUGGCGAGGUCCUAAUACACCCUUAUUUCUGGGAUGAUGAGAGGAAAGUUGCUGUUCUUAAGAUACUGGGUGACAGAAAGGAAGUCCAAGAGUUCAAGACCCCAGCAAAACACCCUGAGCUAUCCAGAGCUGUGCAGAAAUACACAAAGGGGAAAAGCUUUUCUGAUUGGAAAUCAAAGCCUCUGCAGAGAUGGACAAAAAUUGACAAAAAUCUUCCAGAGGACUUACUUGGCCUGUUGCGUUUUUUGCGCAACAUACUGGUGCACGAAGAAGAAAAGUUUCAGCAUGAAGAGAUUUGUGAUCGCUUCCCAGAUUUCUUCAUCAGUUUAUACAAGCUGGCCAAAGACAUGGACUGGAAAUAUUUGAAUACGGAGUAAAAUUAGGUAUAGACACCUAUUCAUAGCACGGCUGUACAGAAAUGAGAAUUUCUGAAUUAAGUCCCUUUCAAUGAAUGAGUUGGGAUUGGAAUUGAAUUGGCCACGCCCCACAGGAAGUGACUUGGAAUGAUAGGAAGUGGAAUUUACUGAAUUGCAAUUCAUUCAAAAGACACAUUUUGUGACAAAUAAUAACAUUAUUAUUAUUAUUAUUGACCAAGUGCCUAUUUAUUCCAUAAUAUGUAUAAUUAAAAAAUUAUAUAUUUUUUGCUAAUUAGACAAAAUUUCUUUAAAAAAAGAAAAGAAACUUAUUUUCAGGUAACUUUUUUCAACAUUUUUAACAAAUUAAGAAAUGAAGUUUGCAUUGCUUUAAAUUGAAUUAAUCUACUUAAUUUUAAGUAAAUGAAUUGAGCUUAAAAUGUCA